CAGUUUGCAAUUCUUCUCUGUCUAUCCUCCUCUUCAGCCUCUAAUUCUAUUCCUUGCUUCUCAUCUUCCCCUCAAAAUGCCUCCUCUCCGCGCCAUCUCCAAAUUGAUACGACAUCCGCCCUGUCGGCUCUACUCGGCGGCAUCCUCAACACGUCUCAACGCCCCUAUCGACUACAGGUCGACGCCUCUACUCCACCAUACGUCGUCAUCGUUAUCGAGUUCAUUGGAUAUCCCGGAUACCGCUACUUCCACAUCCCUCAACCUCUACCAGGCCAUCAACUCCGCCCUGCGAACCGCCCUUUCUACAUCGAACCAGGUGAUGCUCUUUGGCGAAGAUGUAGCAUUCGGCGGUGUCUUUCGAUGCUCGAUGAACCUACAAACUGAGUUCGGAUCGGAGCGUGUGUUCAAUACCCCCUUGACAGAGCAAGGGAUAGUCGGAUUUGCCAUCGGUGCUGCGGCAGAGGGCAUGAAGCCCGUCGCGGAAAUCCAGUUUGCCGAUUACGUCUUUCCCGCAUUUGACCAGAUUGUCAACGAAGCUGCCAAGUUUAGGUACAGAGAGGGCGCAACGGGCGUGCAUGCAGGUGGUAUGGUGGUCAGGAUGCCGUGUGGUGCUGUCGGACACGGGGCUCUGUAUCACUCUCAAUCCCCAGAAGCUCUCUUCGCCCAUGUACCCGGCGUACAGGUGGUGAUGCCCCGCUCCCCCUCGCAGGCAAAGGGUCUCUUGCUGUCUGCGAUUUUCGAACACAAUAAUCCGGUGAUUUUUAUGGAACCGAAGAUCCUGUACCGAGCUGCAGUCGAACACGUCCCCAACGAAUACUAUACUAUUCCCCUCAACCAGGCAGAGGUGAUUAAACCUGGUAAUGAUGUGACAAUUGUAUCAUAUGGACAACCACUGUACCUGUGCUCGGCAGCGAUCGCAGCGAUCGAGAAGGAAAUGAAGGGCGUCAAUGUAGAAUUGAUCGACCUACGUACGAUAUACCCCUGGGACCGUCAGACAGUACUCGAUAGCGUACGGAAAACAGGGCGAGCAAUCGUCGUGCAUGAGAGUAUGAUCAAUUAUGGUGUAGGUGCAGAAGUGGCUGCCACUAUCCAGGAUGGUGCAUUCUUGAACCUGGAGGCACCAGUGAAACGCGUUGCAGGAUGGAGUACGCAUACGGGUCUGACGUAUGAGAAAUUCAUUCUCCCCGAUGUUACCAGGAUAUACGAUGCCAUUAAACAGACGCUUGAGUAUUAAACGAUGCAUUCUAGACCUCGCAUACGUGUUACCUAUUAUACUUGAUUGCAUUUGCGAAAAAGAAAUAUUACAGCAUUAAAGAUAAAGUAACUAUCUGGCUGGCAGUUUCAUCCAUUACUUGGGGUGUUCAGAUAAAUAUAAUGACAGUGAUUACUCCUGCAUGCUUGAAGUUCCACUACUUUAGUGCAUAACUCCAUUAAGUUCUGUCAGUUAGGAAUGCUUCGGGCCAUGUUCCUCUUUUCAGGUAAAUUGAUGUAUGUGUCAUCUAGGAAUGCGGCACUGCUUCCUGCUGUGACACCCGGGUAAGCUAGUGAUACUGCAGCAAGUGGUGACCAGGAAUACAACCAUGUCAACAGAAUAAGGUAAGAUUAUUCACGUGUAGAUAGUUUCUGGCCAUUCAUCAAAAUGCUCAGUUCGAAAGAUCUAGCCUU